GUGGAUUCUGAAGUCUUGGAUAUGCAACUCCUCGAGGAGCUCUACGACUCGUACGAACCAGUUCUACUUUGCUAUUUCCUCGUCUAGCUAUAUUGAUAUCUGCCACAUCAUACUAAUGCCGAGUCUCUUACGUUGCUCCUAUCACAUCAUCUAGAAAAACAAGUGCCGAUCACAGGAUGCGGUUGGCAAUAGACAACUUCCGCAAGGAGCGGAACUUUGUCCCGAUGUCCAACAAGAUUCUUGAGACCUACUUCUCCUACGGUGGCAUGGACGAGCACCCGGUCGUGGUGGGCGGUGCAAAGCGUACGCAAGGAGCCGAGGUUACUCUCGACAUCGACUUUGUCUACGUUGUCGCAUCCUUUUUGUCGUCGCACGUUCUCAAUUCUGGCAUCUGGCACGAUGUCACAUACUUUGAGAUGGCUCCCAGGGUGGUCCUCGCGUUCCUGAAAUACAUCCAUGUCCGCAGGGUGAUGCCCGAAUAUGAGGUGGAAAUCAAGAAGGCGAUAGAUAUUGCUCAGUUGGCCAAGGUCCAAACGCCUCAAUGCAAGACCUUCAACCGUAUGAUGCCGGAUGACUACAGCCAGUCCUGUACGAUUCAUUUCGUGAGAGAGUACCGAUCUGACCCGCUGCCGGACAAGUCGGACGAGUUGCUGAAGCAGUGUAUGGGCGACAGUAGCUCGACAAAGGAUGUUCAAGUUGAGGGCGAGCACAUGGGCUAUGCAAGGGUCCUACGAAUCCUGUCAGAAAACACAGACGAACAGAUCGGCGCCACCGCUGCAGUCGAUCCUACUCGUGUGGACAAAAUCGAAGCUGCCACCGGCGAUACUGUCAGUCUUCCUGCCGCCGAUGCUGCUGAGGUUGUCGUUGACGGUCCUGUUGAUCCUACCACCGCCAAUGACGAUAAACAUCCUACUGCCAAGACUGUCAACCCUCCUACCGUCGAUGCCACUGGCUCUUCCACAGUCGAUACAGUCGCUCCUGCCUCUGCUGAUGAGAUCAAACCCGUUGUUGUCGAUGCUGCUGACACUGCCGUAGUCGAUACCAAUGUCCUUGCUACUGUCGAUAAAGCAGAUACUGCCAUAGUUGCCAAUGAAGCCCUUGUCGAUGCUGCCAGCCUUUCCACCGACGAUGGCGCCCUCGCUGCUGCGCCUAACGCUACCAAAGACGAUAGUACUGGCCUUGUCAAGUUGGAGCAACCCUUGACGUCAAUAAUCGUGCUGGAGCCAAUGAUCCUGGAAGACGGAGUCCUUUUGCCUACUCAUGGGAAGGACUACUCAAUACGUGUGUCUUCUGAAGCCGCGGCGUUACUGGGGGGUGGAACCAUCCUUUGGGGGAAAUUCUACACGCUGUCGAACGAUACGGUUUUUGCAAGGCCGCUUAUGGCAUACCCAUCGUUCCAUGUGGAGGAGGACGAGGAAUUUUCCUCCUGGUGAUCGUUUCGAGCAUUCGAUUCUGUGGACAUGUUGAGAACGGGUUCACUAGUGAACAAACACUUCGUCUAGAAGACCCCCCAGACAGAGUACUUCC